AUGUCACUGAAACGAAACACAGAAACAGAAGUCGAGGAGGGCGUCAAGGUGGCCAAAAUCGAGUCCAGCACGGAAGAAACGGCCAAAAACUUUUUUCUCCAAUUCAAGACACGCCUCGACAUCUCUCAGGAUGAGCGGUCUCAGGUCAUCAACAUUUCGCGAGACGUGACGGCAGCCAGCAAGAAAAUCAUUUUUGCACUUCACAGGGUCAAAAAGAAUGGCCAGGAGCCGCUCUCAUUGGCUCCAGACGUACAGGCGACCCUGACGUCUCAGUACAAGCUGAUUGCUGCCAAGUUCGCCGAGAUCAACAGUUUAGUUGGCAACAGCACAAACGCGUACUGGAAAUACUCUCGGCAGGUGUCUGGAGCUUCGGAGGAGAUGAUUGAAGCCAUGUCUUUCCAGUUCUGGCUCGAAAGGGGCCAGAUCAUGACCAUGGAAGAGCUGCAUGAGAUCAUCAAACAACACAACAUUGAUGUAUAUGUCCAUCCUAGAGACUACAUUUCUGGUCUGUUUGAUCUGACCGGUGAGCUAAUGAGAUACGGAACUCUGAACAAAGCACAUGGAUUGCCAAUUGUGGCGUUACUGCGGGAGUUCGAGUACUCUGUCUUCGUGCUCACAGGUGAUCCAAACCUGGUCAAGAAGAUAGAGGUGUUCCAGCAGAGUCUGGCUAAGCUGGAGAGACUCUUGUACGAUCAGAGCUUGCAGGUUAGUGAAGUUGUCUGA